AUGAGUGUGCAUAUGGGCCCAUUUGUCGCCAAAGUGGUUAUCACGGAUCCUCAGGAGGUGGAGGACAUCCUCACCAAGCGAUCCGAUGACUUUACUUUCAGUGAUACUCAAAAGAUUGUCUUUGGUGGCACCAUGCCAUACGGGAUGCUUAGUAUCCCAACCAACGCUAUGUGGCAUGCACAUCGACGCUCUUUGAGCCCUUGCAUGAACACCCAGUAUUUGAAGAUGUGUGCGCCUAGGGUCAAUGAGGUUAGCCGAGCACUCGCGGCGCUUUGGAAAGAAAAGAUACUUCGCAUGUCGGAGGUAGACUGCUUUGAUGUUGCAGAGGAUAUUCAACAUUGCACGAUGGACACGAUAUCUACAUUUUUAUUCGGCGAACCAUUCGGUAGUCUUUCCGCGGCUCAUAAGGCCCUGAAUGAUGGUUCCGCACAUCCUGAUGUCCCAAUGCACAACGCUGUCCGACUUUUGUUCGAUGUCAUGGGAGCAGCAGCAAACUCACCUCUUCCAAAGGUGGCAUACUGGUGGCACAAGCGACAGAAGCAAUGGAAGGACGCCUACAAACUAUUCUUCGACUAUGUGGAAGAUAAGAUAUCCGAGGCCAAGGCGGAUUUCUCGAGUAGUCAGACUUCUCGUCAAACAACCGUCCUAGACAUCGUUUACUCUAGAGAAUCGUACCGAGGAUUAUUUCCAGAGGAUGAACUCAAGGAUGAGAUACUCAAUUUUCUUCUUGCUGUAUGUCGGGAACCGUAUAUGCACCUGGUUUAUGACUUUACAGGCCACCACGUGCAUGUGCAGCAUACUCUUCGGGCACAUCUCCUUGAAAGAGGCAUCCUCGAGUUGGAAGAGGUCACGUUUGAUGACGUGCGAGCUGAAAACUCGCCAUAUUUAGAAGCAGUCGUCUGGGAAAUUCUCCGGCUCGCGCGAGUCGGACUCUUCAUUAGUCGAAUGGCCACAAAGGAUACAGAAAUACUAGGACAUGUCAUUCCUAAAGGGACAGAAGUUGUACUCCACGUCGGUCAUACAGCCGUUUACGACACUGAAGCAAACGCACAAAACAUUGGCCAGUUCUGCUCUCCAAACGAGAAGCGGCAGAGGAUUUCAAAGCCCUGGACAGACGACGGACAGGCUUUCCUCCCUGAGAGGUGGCUAGACCAGCAAGGCCGAUUCGACCCAAACCAUAGCGUCUUUCCGUUCGGAGGCGGACCGAGGAUGUGCUUUGGAUAUAGAUUUGCGCUUCUUCAGCUCAAGCUCAUUCUCGUCGAACUUCACCGCAACUUUGUCUUCUUUGCGCCUCGUGAUCCGGAUUUGGACUCUUUCAAAGUAAAGGAGACCGUCAAUCGCGCACCAAUAAAUAAUUAUGUAGUCAUUCGACGGUACGAGGCCGACAAGGACCAAAGCUACACGGCGGAUUCGUAG